UCGCGAUGCGACGUUCAGUCAGUGGGCUGGAAGCGGAAAGGGGAGGAGAACUUCGCUGUUUGGGAAGCAGAAGGCCGUCGGUGGAAGAAAAAGGCUCUUUAAGGGACAUGAAAGCAUCUUUAGAAAGAAAUAAGGAGAUAAAAGUAAUAAAGCUGCGUUUGGGACUCAGCCUGAGGCGUUGUUUUGCUCUGCUAAAGAAGGGAUAAGUGUGGAAAGGGCCCAGUGCUCUCCUCAUCCUUAGGCCCCGAAAGGCAGCCGUGACUGGAACAGAACAGACUGGUUUGCUUGCCGUCGCCACUCAUUGGCACCUCAGCAUGGUCAAGAAGAACACAAUCCCCGAUGGAUGGCGGAGUGUACAACCAGUUGGACAACCUAUACCAGGGACACGAUUCAUUGCUUUCAAAGUACCUUUGAAAGGGGCAAUCAACCAAAGAUUGACACCAGUUCAAAAGUUUACACCAAAAGAUUUGAUUGCUGCAGUGAAAGCUCUUAAUGUGGAACUUGGCUUAAUUAUUGAUUUAACAUACACCAGAAGAUACUAUGAAGUUAAGGAUAUGCCCAAAAGUUUGGAGUAUAAGAAACUGUUUACAGUUGGACUUGAAGUACCAGAUGAUGCCACUAUUCUACAAUUCAAAAAAUGGGUCAGAAAAUUCCUUUGGGAAAAUGCAGAAAAUGAAAAACUCAUUGGAGUACACUGUACUAAUGGAAUUAAUAGGACAGGUUACCUUAUAUGUAGAUACCUUAUUGAUGUUGAAGGCUGGGACCCAGAAACAGCGAUUCAAGCUUUUGGAGAGGCUCGUGGCCACCAUAUGGAUGGUAAUAUCUAUCUUACAGACCUCAGAACUCAGCCAAUGAGAAGCAAUCUGGGAAUGAACAUGUGGGAUGCUGAUGGAGAUAUAGUGCCGCCACCAAAUGAUAUGGAUGGCCAUAUUGAUAAAUUUCCAAAUGAAGAAUAUCCUAGGCCUGCAAAGAGAUCAAGGGUUUAUGAUGAUAGUCACAGUGACUUACCAGAACAGAUCCGAUUGAGAGAAUUUGAUUUUAUUAAUAAAGGGCCCGGACAACGGCGAAAGCCAUACUAUGAUCAACAGUUUCAAGAUGAUCCAGCGCCUCAAGUAGAAAUGAGACAAAGACAUUUUGUAGACCACCAUUUUUAUGAUGAAUUCCAAGCAGAAAUGCAAAGGAAUGAUUCAGAUUUUGGCACCAGGGGAUCAGGGCAGAGGCUCAGACCUUGCCAUGACCCUCAACUUUGUGAUGACUUUCCAGUAAGUGCUCCACCAGAAGAUAUUAAUAUGGGCUGUGGAGAGAGACAAAGACAUUGUCCUGAUAACCCUCCUUCCAGUGAUAUUCUCAUGGAUUCACAGUACAAAAGGAGCCAUGGGCAAAGACGAAAAGCAUUGUAUGACCCCCAGACUAAUGAUGAAUAUCAGUCACAUAUGCAGUUUAAAAAUUCAACAUUCCACAACAAGAGACCUGACCAAAGAAUGAGACCAUAUCAUGACUGUUUUCCUCAUGAUGAUAUACAAACGCCAGUGGGAGACUUUGAGUUUGUUAGAAGGGGGCGUAGACAACAAAUAAGACCAUUCCUUGAUCACCAACAUUGCAAUGAUUUACAAAGAGAGAUGCCAGCAGAAGAUUUUGAUGACAGAGAUUCCGAAUCAAGAUGCAGGCCUUUUCACAACUCUCAGGCUUAUGAUGACUACAAUGAACAAGUACAAUUUAAUGAUUCUCUAAACAGGGAGAGUGAACAAAGGAUGAGGCCUUUUGGUGAUCAUUCGCCCCAUAAUAACAUGCCAUAUGAAGGAUAUCCAGAAAGAGAUCGCCCUUAUCUUUCUCAGGAAGAAUUCCAAGAAACACCCUUAUUUCACAGUGAUAGUGGUGAUAAGGAAGACUACCACAGAAAUUGCAGGCCUGACUGCUCUGAGAAUUACAGAAGAAUCCUCUCUUCAGAUGAAAUUAUAAGAGGAGGACAAACAAGAUUUGCAUCAUAUUCCUCACACCCAACACAUCUCAUGUCAUCUUCCCAACAGGAAGUUAAUUCAGCUGCGGUGGACUGUGAAAGGGGGCCUCAGUGUGAAGUCACAAGGGAGAUGGGUCAAAGGAAAAGGUUACCUGUGGUAACAAUUGAUUAUAAUUAUGGAUUGCCUUUAAACUAUACAGCUGAAGGGGAAGAUAGAGCACAUUGUGAUUCACAUCCAAGGGAGCACUAUAUUUGGAAAUGAACCACAUACACAUAUGCAUGCAUUUUUCACCUAUUUUCUUUUUGUGUGUGGACCAAACUUCUCUCAAAAUGAGAUUUUUAAAUAUUACUGGUAUCUGUGCACUGGUGGCUUAUUGUUUGCCUCAUCCUGACCAUAGUAGGGAUCGGCCUCCAUCCAUACAAUUUGGAUCACAUGCCAUCAAUGUAUGAUUUAUAAGACUAGCUUCUGCCAAUGUUUGUUUACAUUUAGACAGUCAUUAUAUUUUUUACAUGGAGACAGAUGUCUAACAUAAAUGAACAGUAAUAUUUGCCUUUAGUAAAUUGGAAGGAUGUAGCAUAAGGCACAGCUCAAUCUGGUCCCUUCUACACUGUCAUAUAAUCCAGUUCAAAGCAGAUAAUUUGGAUUUUAUAUGGCAGUGUAGAAGGAGCCUCUGUGUUCUCCUAGUAAUUGCAUCUUAGAAAACAUGUAACAAAAUAAUAUAAAGAUUGUUCUCAAUAAAAUUUCACUAUGAAUUUGAUUAUGAUUUGAAAGGAAAGAAAAUAAAUCUAUUGUAAAUAUUGAAAAAAUUAUGGUAACAUGGUUAAUUAAUUUGGUGGUAAGAAUUUGGGUUUCCUAAAGCAUUUUCUGUUUACAAAAUAGAGGCAAGGAUUGUUUUAGAAUAAAGCCUAUGAAAUUAGAAAAAUAAAGCUGAUCUCUUCUUUUCUGUCGGUAUCCUA